AAUAUACACUUCAGCCCCCCCUCUCUCUCUCUCCAUUUAAGUCAUGCCCGACCGUAGCUUUUGAACUGUGUCUGAGAGCGAGAACAGAAAGAGACUUCCUUUGCUUUUGUAUCUCUUUGGCCUCCCUCUCUCUCUCUCUCUCUCUGUUGCAUUGUGUUGAGCAGACAGAGCAACAAUGUCAGCUUACAAGGACAAUGAUCCUCGCAUCCAUGGCAUCAAAACUAGGAUUCGGGUCGUCCCCAAUUUCCCCAAACCAGGUAUAAUGUUCCAAGACAUCACUACUCUGCUGCUGGAUCCACAAGCCUUCAAAGACACCAUUGAUUUGUUCGUUGAGAGAUACCAGGGCAAAAACAUUUCGGUUGUUGCAGGGAUAGAGGCUCGAGGUUUCAUAUUUGGUCCUCCCAUUGCAUUGGCAAUUGGAGCAAAGUUUGUACCUCUGAGAAAGCCAAAGAAAUUACCUGGGGAAGUUAUCUCAGAAGAGUAUACCCUAGAAUACGGAAGAGAUUGUCUUCAGAUGCAUGUCGGAGCUGUGGAACCUGGUGAUCGGGCUUUGGUGGUGGACGAUUUGAUUGCCACUGGCGGAACUCUUUGUGCGGCUAUGAAUUUACUAGAACGUGUUGGUGCUCAAGUAGUUGAAUGUGCAUGUGUCAUUGAACUUCCGGAUUUAAAGGGACGUGAGAGGUUGCAUGGCAAACCAUUGUAUGUACUCGUGGAGUCCCAUUGAUUGGGGGACGAUGCUCCAAAGACAGCAAAGCGCUCCACAAUGUACAUUAAGAGGGAUUCAUGAUAGCUUCUGGGCGGGAAUAUGCUGUUCAUUCUUCUCUGUUUCGAUUGGGUGGAGAGAAUUUUGAAGUCUGCUGGUUCAAAACCCUCUAUUCAUCUGGUAGGUUAGGCUAAAAAUUCGAACUACAUAAAGGGCUACUUUGGCAGAAGAUGGUAGGAAAUUUUCAAUUAUACUUUCUCAAGUAUAAGAACGACAAGGGCUUUUGACCUUGUGGUGGUGGUGAUUCAUCCUUUGCCAAAUCAAAGAAGCCUUAAAUUCAAUUCA